UGGUUUGGAUGCUGAAAUUAUUUUGUGAGCGGACUAAUGUGCGCGGGUAGCCUACAGGAGCGCAUUUGUUAAGUGAUUGUUUGGCAAUCAGAUGAAAACAUCUGGCUGGUUGUGUUUAUGCCACAUUAAAAGGCAUAGGUGGCGUGACAAUAAUGCUAGUUGAAGCUAAGCCUUCCCUAAAGUGAAUUGAAUUAAAUUGGCAAAAUGAUAUAGCCUAAUUAGCUUCUAUCCAUACCGAAAUAAAUCAAAUCAUUCAAAAUAGGCUACUACACCAGAAAGCAUGAUUUGGCCACAGAGGAUCAUUAGCGUCUUUGAAAAAACGCUGUGGAUUGUUUUAAAUUGCAUAGCCUACGGUCGGAUAGAUGAUUGUUGAGUUGCGGAGACCUAGCCAGGCAUAUCGCAAUAUUAAAAAUCACAAUCGCGGAAAAACCGGUUAGAAAGCAAAUGGAUAUUGCUGUAAAGAGAUGCCAAUGAAAGACCCCAAUCUGUCUCUUAGGUGUCAAAAUUCUUAAAACUUAAUUGAGCAAACAGUAGCCUAUUUUAUUGGCACCAGUAGAGAACAUCGGCCACAUCCCUGUGACCCUGGAAAGAGAUUCCUCAGCAAGCCCCAGCUAGCUCGUUACCUGGGUAACACCAUGGAGGUGCACGCCAUUGACCCCCGUGCAGGAAGGAUGCUAACGAACAAACUGCACAGGAACAGGCACAAGCAUCGCUAUGACAACAACAACCAUCAGAUCAAGGUUAAGCCGGACCUGAACACGACCCUACCAGUCCGACAGACAGCAUCCAUCUUUAAACAGCCGGUCACCAAGGUGACCAAUCACCCUAGCAACAAAGUGAAGACGGACCCCCACAAGGCUGUCGACCAACCAAGACAGCUGUUUUGGGAGAGGAAGCUGAGUGGUCUGAGUGCGUUUGACAUUGCAGAGGAGCUGGUCAAGACCAUGGACCUUCCCAAGGGCCUACAGGGUGUUGGGCCUGUGUGUUCAGACAAGACCCUGCUCUCUGCCAUUGCCAGCGCCCUGCACACCAGCCCCACACCCGUCACUGGUCAGCUGACCGCUGCCGUGGAGAAGAACCCUGGGGUGUGGCUCAACACCACCCAGCCACUCUGCAAGGCCUUCAUGGUUACCGAUGACGACAUCAGGAAGCAAGAGGACCUGGUCCACAGUGUGAGGAGGAGGCUGGAGGAAGCUCUGAUGGCGGACAUGUUGGCUCACAUAGAGGCCUCCACCAACGAGGCAGACACAGACGCUCUGAAGGAGGAGCAAGCCGAGCAGGAUGACAAGGAGGACGUAUAGCAGAGGGUUGGUGAUUGUGACAGAGAGCUGCCUGGAGCACAGUAUUCUACCCAUACACACACCAAUACACAUACAGGACAUUCACCAGGUUCUGAAUAGCAUCUGUCAACAUGAAGGACCCUCUCUCUCUUCUACGUCUCUCUGAAUUGUUGUUGACCGUCUUCAAGACAAUCUAAAUAUAUUUUUGACCAAUUUAAAUGUAAUUUUGAAUAUUUUUUUUAAGCUCUUAGACGAGGCUUUGACGUUCAGAGUUCAAUUCACUCAUUUUUACCCUCACUAAUUGUAUGGAAUGUGGAGAAGUAUGUAUGGUGCUUUAGGCAAUAUAGUCUUGCCCUCUUGUGAAGACAAGUUUAAGGUUAAAACACAGUGUGUGUGUGUGCGUGAGAGAGAGAGAGAAGUGUGUUUUGGGAGGGGGAGAGAGUGUGAUUGUGGGGCACCACUCGGCCCAUUCCAAUUUUCCAUCUGGUACCACUCAGUAUCCUUUGCCCAAGUGGAGAAUUAGUGAGUGGUUAGAGGGGUGCAUAUUGGGCAAGGGACCACAUGCUGUAAGAUGACGGUUGGAGGCUCCAAAUGGACUUUACAAAAGACUACCUGUUUCAGAAGUCAGUCAUAGAUAAGCAUGCAUCAUGAUCUACUAUGGCUCUUGUUAUCUCUAACUAAUAAUUGGAUUCUGUGUUCUCCAAACUGUCUUCUGAACGGUCAUGAAGAGUGGUGCUCUGCACAGAGGUUGAACAGGCUCUCAUGUCUCAAACUCUCCCAUAAGUUCAAAAUGGUGCUAAUUUAGUCUGUUCUCAUCUUUCUAGAUGUAUUUGCUUUCAUGUUACAUUGAUGAUCUGUCAAUAGGUGCGAUGGCUGACGUAGACGGCUACUCUGAAAUAGUUGCCUAUUUGGGAUUUUGUAUUUUUUGUUGUUGAAAUCGUUGCUGUGUGGCAAGUCACAAUUAUGCCAUAGUUAUUUAACGUUGGUUGUUUUUAGUAGGUUUUAAAUGCUGACAUUUUUCCCUAAACUUGUUCUUCAUUUGAGUUCUGAAUGGGAAGAUCAUUCACUGUCAGAAUGAUCCCUCCAUGAAAUGUUAUUGUUCAGAUUAUGCUUUAUAGUUCAAAAAAACCUUUGUUUCCAUAGAGGGAUUUGUUACCAUUUUCUCUUGAAAUUUGAGGUCAAACAUCAAGCAAUUAAUUCUGGAUGAUUCUUUUUUUUCAUAUAACUAAAAUAAAUGCUAACUCUUUUGUAA